AUGACUACAUCAGUUCCCUUGAUAUACUCUUUUCGUGAAUUCGAAGGAGUGGCUGAAGCGGUAGCUGAUCAUGUUAUCACCUCCCAAAACAUGACACUUUAUCAUACCUUAGACAAAGAAAAAAUUGAGGAAAUAAAAGCGGACCCUUUGAAGAGACCCUCAUUGUCCAGUACCCCAAGCACUACAUCAAUCAACGGGAGAAUAAGAAAAGAGAAAAAAAGGAGAGAAGAAGCGAGAUUCAAGAUCGCCCUUUCGGGAGGUUCAUUGAUCAAAAUUUUGAACCAGGGUCUUUUAACAAGACAAAAUGAAAUCGAAUGGAGCAAAUGGGAUGUUUAUUUUGCCGAUGAAAGAUUAGUUCCUUUCGAUAGUCCUGAUUCGAACUACGGUCAAGCCAAAAGACAAAUCUUUGACCAUGUUGAGGGUCCUGAUAAGCCAAAUAUUUACCAUAUUGAUGAAAGUUUAAUUAACGAUCCUAAUGAAUGUGCAGACAGUUAUGAGAAGUUGUUGAUCGGAAAUUUCGCUAAAAAAGAUUCGGUGAAGUUACCCUUGUUUGAUCUAUUAUUGUUGGGCUGUGCCCCCGAUGGUCAUAUUGCUUCUUUGUUUCCGAAUCAUGGCGAGCAGUUAAGAGAAAAACUUGCUUGGUGUCUUCCUGUUUCGAAUGCCCCAGCGGGACCUACUAAUAGAAUCACAUUGUCAAUUCCUGUCAUCUGUCAUGCUCAUAGAGUAACUUUUGUUGUGGAAGGCUUAACAAAAGCACCAGUUAUGAGAACUAUCAUGGAAAGGCCAGAGAAGGGUUUACCUAGUUCUAUUGUUAAUGAGGGUGCUGCGGGAAGAGUUACUUGGUUUGUUGAUGAUGAUGCUUUGAAUGAUUGUUAUGAUAUAACGAAAAAGAAGUACAAAUUUUUGUCUAUUGCAGACCCCAAACAAGUAUGA